CCGGUCUCGUGGCCGCUCAGCAACGCGCAGGCAGCGCAGAUCGCUGCGCUCUACCCCAACAAGCUCAUCUCUGCGGCCAACAUCCUCCUCAAUGAGCGAUACGCCGACAACUAUAACCGCAUGCUUGACAAAGUCAGCGACGCCUGUCUUCCGCACGUGGGGCCAUCGCAUGACACGUCCAUGGAUCUCUCGCACAUGGUUGUGGACGACGUCGGCGACGCCGACCUCUUCCGCUUGCAGCCUUCAAACGAUGACGUAGUCAACGCGACUACGUUUGGUGUGCUCAUCAUGCUGCUUCCAUCUGUGCACACGGGCGGCGUCAUCACGUUCACGCACGGCAACCAGUCGGAAACGUUUGAUGACGACUCGUCGCUUCUCGAGACAUCGUUCGCCGCUGCCUUUCUCUCAGCGACGAUCACGCCGGCACCCAUCACGUCCGGGCGCCGCGUCGCACUUGUCUACGGCUUGUACUACGGCAACGUGAAAACGCCAAAUGCGCAUGGAGCCGAAUGUGCAGGACGCGGCGAUCGCAGCUUUUCAGCCGCAGGGCAAUCGACGACUUAA